ACUUCCAUGCACUUCUUAACGAGUCGCAAUACGAUCAACGACGUUCUGUCGCGAUGCUUCCACCUUUCGAUAGCGUACGUCGGCGACGGUUAUGAGAGUCGCGGAGCGUGCGAGGGGACCCGCGACCGCGAUGCGGGAUCGUGCGAUCAGUAUCGCGUGAUGAGCGUGGCAGUUUAUUACGUACAGCAGCGUUGUUAGUGUACAUACUUGUAUAUAGAUCCGUCAUUUCCUUGCAAUGCGUACCUGAUUAAUUAACUUGAUCGCGCCCCGCGUUCUGGUCCGCCGACGCACAAUGUUCGGUCCGCGAAAGAAAGCGGGCCGAAAGCCGACGAAGACGACGAAGGAGGAGGUCGGUCCGGGCCUAGAGUCGGAAAUUGUGAAAGAGAAAAAAAAGAAGGAGACGAGGACUGACAAUGUUAUAGGAGCGAAUGUGACCAUUAACGACUUUGCCAACACAUUACGGAUACAUGCAAGGUUGAAGAAAUCGGCUACAAAUAUGUCUAACAAAGUGAAACAGGUAACGACAGUACAAGAGGAGGAACAAGUGUGGGAUGAGACGAACGAGGAUACCUUGUUAAAAGAUAAAACGAAAGGGAGGAGAAAUAGAGAGAGAAGGAAAUCGAAAUACCAAAAGGAUGACGACGAAGACGAAGGAAUCGACUAUCCAUUGGAUAUGUGGUUUGCCAUCUCGGAAUACAUACAGCCUGAAGCAGUAGGGAAAUUUGCAAGGAUUUGCAAAACUUGUUACUACAUAACUACCACUGCAAAAUUUUGGAUCCACUUAUACAAAUCACAUUGCAAAUUCGUACCCGAUUUGCCGGAGCACCUGCAGCCACAAUGUAUGAGACUAUAUGGAUUAAGGGCUUGUGUUAUAAGGGCAUUACAUUACGGUUAUUUUAGAACAUCGGAAAGAAACGAAAUGUCUUACUUACGGCAGCAUGACCUGCAGUCUCUCGUGAAAAGAAAAUGCACUCUCAUGUGGCACAAAGAGGGAAAACAACGGUGGUAUUUCUAUUUUAAGUUGAUGGAGGCUUCCAAAUCGCGCAGCAGCUCAUUAAAGCAAAGUAGACAAUGUACUGAUAAAGAAACCGAAUUUUUUGACACAUUGAAGGAUGUGGCUGUCAAUCCCGAGAACGAUUGCAAAGUCCUUAGGGUAAGCUGCUUGAAGUACAGUAUGGUACCACUGGUGAUUGGAUUAACCCUGCAAACAGUAACUACGGACCUAAUGCCCGGCUUCAGGGAACACCGAUUUCAACUUGGAUUCGGAACAUCGGGUAUCCCCAAUACAUUAACAAAUCAAGUAAUACUUCGUAACGUUAUGGAAUACCAUAUCUUGAAUUGGUGGGAUCCCGCCUAUCCACAUCAGGAUAUUGGUUACGCAAUUGAAUUACCGCAAAAUGACUCGUGGGACUAGAACUUAUUACAGAUUGUUCUUAUAUUUUGUGUAUUACAUUGGGGAGAUAGAGAGGCGCCUUUAAAUUUUAUAAAGACAAAUAUAUCGAUGCGCAACAAA